CUGUAGCAGAACAUCUUGGUGUUUUCACUCCUGUCCAGAGUUUAUCACCUGUGUCAGAUUUACUUGUAUAAUUUGGCAUAUUUCAAGGUGAAAAAUUUAAAGAAUGGCCAGGCAAACUGCAUAUGAGGCCUUGGUGAAGGGAAUCCAAGAAUUUGAUUUUACUGGUCCUAAUACCCCUUGUGAUUUGAUCCUGGCAGACCACGCUAUCCCAGUGGCAAUUAAUAAAAAAGGUCAGGUGCUAAUCGCUGCAUCUCAGUAUGGCAAAGGCCGACUGGUGGUACUGACACAUGAAGCUUAUAUGUCUGACCCCAAGUUUUCCCAGUUUGUUCAGAAUGCAAUUACAUGGCUAAAACCGCAACCUGAUGCAUUGGUUGGAGUCUCUAAGACCCUCACCGAAAUGUUCAAGUCUCUUUCGUGCAAAGAUGGUCAGGUUGUAAGUGAAGAGUUUAGAGGAGACAUGGGUGUAUACUGCCUCAAGGCUUCUGACAUUGGAGAUGAUAAGCAGCUCAUUGAGUAUUUAAAGAAAGGAGGUGGCCUGCUUAUCGCUGGCCAGGCAUGGGAGUGGUCAGAGCAACAGAACAAAGAUGUCUUCUAUGACUAUCCUGGGAAUAAAGUCACAAGUGUAGCCAGUGUCUACUUUAAUGCAAGCAAAGGAGAAAAAGAAGUCUGCUCUGUCACCGAAGACAUUCCUCGAUCCUGGCAUUCACUUGUACAAGGAAGAGAUUUCAGCAAUGAUCUGAAGGUGUUACAGAAUGAUGUCAAAGAAUUUGACAUUCGUGGGGCCUUCCAACCAUCUCAUUUGCUUGUUCACGGCCCUCUGGCAUUCCCAAUAGCAUAUGAUGCAUAUGAAAGACCCUUUCUAGCUGGAGCCCUCUAUGGUAAAGGAAGAAUUGUUGUACUGACACGUGAUAACCAUCCACACCACCCACCACUCAAGACUUUCAUGCUCAAUGCUAUGCGCUGGCUUGGGGCAACUCCAAAUGGUAAAAUUGGAGUGGAAAAUUAUUUGUCAAGUUUCUACAAAUUACUGAAGGAGGAACAGUUUAACUGUGAGCUUUCUGAUACCAUCAAUGAUGUUAGUGUAUAUUGUUGCACAUCUUAUGAAGCUGAUGAAGUCCUUCAAUUUGUGGCUGAAGGCGGUGGACUUCUUAUUGCUGGCCAGUGUUGGAAUUGGGCAAAAAAAAAUCCAGAUCUCUCUGAGUUAACCGAUUAUCCUGGGAACAAAAUCUUAAACCGGGCUGGCAUCACCUGCAGAGGGUACAUUUAUUCUCCAGGCACUUAUGUGGUUCCUCAGCCCGAAGAAAGAGCCAAAUCUUAUCUCUUCCUUAGAAGCUUAGCUAAAUUUGUAUUUCAUAUCUGUGAUGGCACUCCUUUAGAAAAAGAGGAAUCUGACCGAUGGAGGAGAGUCAUAGAAGAUGGAGUUCAGUUUCUGAAGUUAAAAGCUGAAGACAACUUUUUUUACACAUCAAUCCACCGACUUUUGACAGAUACGAUUGAGAAACUCGGAGUUCCACAGACUUCCAAAACUAACAUGGCAAAACCAAUUAAAGAUCGGCUUCUUAUUGAUUUUGCACCAACCCUCUAUAAUGUAAUUCCCAACCCGCAAAAAUUGCUCCCGAUCAUCAUUCCUAAUAUUCCUGUGCUGCCUACACUGUCAUCAGUAAGUGUGGAAGUGGAUGGGACAAACAAAGGUGGGGAGGCAUGGAGAAGUACUGGAAUGUAUAUUUCUCCUGGAGAAUCGGCGACUCUUGAGUUCCCCACAGAAGUGCUUGGAUUAGGCUGGCAGGUGCAAAUUGGGUGUCACUCAGACAAUUUGGAGGAAUGGGAUGAUCUUUGUCGUGCUGCUGUGGUAAUAAGAAGAUUCAGGGUGAAUGCAAAACGUGUAUCUGUUUCUAAUCUGUGGGGUGGCCUGAUCUACAUAAUUAUUCCCGAAGGAUGCCAGAUUGGAACAGUUAAUGUAUCAAUUGAAAAUGCAGUAUCAGCUCCUUAUUUUGUUUUUGGAAAAAGCAGUAAUGCCAAGUGGACUAACAGCAUUCGGAACCAUCCAGCACCCUGGGCUGAGCUUGAGGCCAAUAAUAUCAUCCUAACAGUGCCAUCUGAUAGCAUUCGUACAUUGGACGAUCCUGAAUCCCUUCUGAGGCUCUGGAAUGACUUGAUGAAGAGUAUCACCGAAUUGGCAGCAAUCCCAGAAACAUUUCCUCGAAAAGAAAGAAUUGUAGCAGAUAUCCAGAUAUCUGCUGGUUGGAUGCAUGCUGGCUACCCUAUUAUGAUUCAUUUACCGUCACUGAAGUAUAUUAUAGAUGAAAAGGUUAUGAGAAAAGAAGGCCUGUGGGGCCCCAUUCAUGAAUUAGGCCACAAUCAGCAACAGGAUGGCUGGGAGUUCCGCCCUUACACCAAAGAGGCAACCUGCAACCUGUGGUCUGUCUAUGUUAAUGAAAAAGUCUUGAACAUUUCACGGGAGUUAGCUGCAGGUGACUAUACAAUGGCAUAUCGUGAAGGAGUUAUAAAAGCCUAUCUGGGAAAAGGAGCCAAACUUGAAAACUGGACAACUUGGACUUGUUUGGAGACGUACAUGCAGCUGCAGGAGGCAUUUGGCUGGGAACCCUACAUUCAGCUGUUUUCUGACUAUCAGAAAAUAACCAACAUAAGUUCUGAUGUCACUGUCAAAAUGAAUAUGUGGGUAGAAAGGUUUUCCAACGAGGUGAAGAAGAAUCUGGUUCCGUUCUUCAAAGCCUGGGGCUUUCCCAUUACAGAUGAAGUUAGUGCCAGACUGGCCUCUUUACCUGAAUGGGAUGAAAAUCCUAUGAAAAAGUAUUUAUAAACGGCCUAAUAGCUAGGAAGAAUGCACACAUCUAAAACAGGUUCAACAAAGAUGAAAAUAAGAUGAAAUUUGAGCUUUUUAAUGCCAAAAAUAAAAUCAAAUUUAUUGA